AUGUCAAGCCAAGCUACGGACAUCAACUCCGAAUUUAGCCUUUUAGGCCUCCAUACGAUAUUGUUGGGGACUUUUGGAGUUGGUCUUUUGGGAUUUGCUUCUCUCGUUGCGACAAUUGUCUAUAACGUGUUCCUUCAUCCAUUACGAAAAUACCCUGGCCCAAAGCUAUGGGCAGCCACACGUAUCCCGUAUACUCGCAGUUACCUUUCUGGACAAGUUCAUCGCGACAUCCUAAAACUCCAUCAGGAAUAUGGACCCAUCGUUCGUGUUGCCCCUAACGAACUUGCAUACAACCACCCCGAUGCCUGGAAAGACUUGCACGGCCAUCUGAAGAAUGGAACAGGAGACCAUGGCAGAGAUCCGGUUUUCACUAAAGACAGCAGGCAGAGCAUCAUUGGCGGCAAUCGGGAGGACCACUCGCGAUUCCGACGAGCUCUUUCUCACGGAUUUUCAGCUCAGUCCAUGUUCGAACAAGAAUCGAUAAUCAAGAAGUACGUCGACCUGUUGUUUGAAAGGCUCCGCGAAAAGUCCUCCAAAGACUCUCAACCCGUGAACAUGGUUGCAUGGUACAACUGGACGACGUUUGACAUUAUUGGGGAUCUGGCAUUUGGCGAGUCUUUCGGUUGCUUAGACAACAGUGCUUAUCAUCCUUGGGUCAAGAUUCUGUUCGACGGUAUCAAAGAGGGCACCUUUAAGUCCAACAUCCGACGAUACCCCAUCGUCGAGAAACUUUUGAUGAAAUUUGUCCCGGCCGAGUUGAAGAACAAACGGGAUCAACAUGUUCAGCUCACGCGAGAGAAGGUGGCCAAGCGAGUUUCCAUGCAGACUGAACGUUCUGACUUCAUGGACUCAAUGACAAAGAAAAAAGGACCUCAGGAACUCAACUUUGAAGAAUUGCGUGCCAACUCUUCAACACUCAUUGUGGCCGGAUCGGAGACAACCGCAACGGCUCUUUCAGCCAUCACCUACUACCUUACGACGCACACUAGAGCUAUGACGAAACUCAACGAAGAGGUUCGCUCAGCAUUUUCUACCGAGGCUGAUAUCGACAUGGUCAGUGUGCAGAAGCUUCAGUACAUGCAAGCAGUUGUCAAUGAGGGGCUUCGCAUGUAUCCUCCAGUCCCGACGGGUAUCAUGCGUCGAGUAUCCGAAGGCGAAGGCUUGUUCUUAGGCCAAUACGUACCUAAAGGCACACUUGUUCAAGUUUGGCAUUGGCCUGUAUUCCACAAUCCCGAACACUUUACCCUGCCUGAUUCUUUCAUUCCUGAGCGUUGGCUUGACAACAGUCGCUUCACCAGUGAUAAGAAAGAAGCUUUUCAGCCAUUCUCAGUUGGUCCUAGGAACUGCAUCGGAAGAAACUUGGCGUACGCCGAAAUGCGGUUGAUCUUAGCAAGAAUGAUAUGGAAUUUCGACAUGAAAUUGUCUGAGGAGAGCAGAGGCUGGGAUGAAAAGAGCCAAGUAUAUCUCCUCUGGGACAAAGGUCCCUUGAAUAUCUAUCUUACACCCAGAACACUGGUUCGACGUUGA